AUGGUCAAAGUGCUCUUGACAGGAGGCAGCGGCUUCAUUGCUGCUCAUACCCUUAAUAUCUUGCUUGAGCGUGGUUUCGAUGUCGUCACCACGGUCAGGUCCAAAGAAAAGGGCGACAGAAUCUUGGCUGCUCAUCCAAACGUGCCAAAGGAAAAACUUUCAUAUGUCAUCGUAAAGGACAUUGCGGAGGAUGGCGCUUUUGACGAGGCUAUCAAGUCUGACCCUCCCUUUGACUCGGUUAUCCACACCGCCUCGCCUUUUCACCAUGCGGUCCAGGAUCCGGUCAAGGACUUUUUGGACCCGGCUAUCAAGGGAACUACCGGUAUCCUCAAAGCUAUCAAGGCCCACGCACCGUCUGUGAAAAGGGUGGUGGUCACAUCCUCCUUUGCAUCGAUUGUCAAUGUCAAGGCGCAUGAGAAGGUGUAUAGCGAGAAGAAUUGGAACCCUGUGACAUGGGAAGAGGGCUUGGACCCCUCCCAGACAUAUAGAGCAAGCAAGACGUUCGCGGAAAAGGCCGCCUGGGAGUUCGUUCAAAAGGAAGUAAGCUUCGACCUUGUGACAAUCAAUCCUCCCUUGGUUCUUGGUCCCGUCGUGCAUUACCUGAGCUCUCUUGACGCGAUCAAUACUUCCAAUGCGCGGAUCAGCCGUAUAGUGCGGGGACUCGAAAAGGAGUCAACUCCCCCCACAGUCACUUACCUUUGGGUCGAUGUCCGCGAUGUUGCUCUAGCUCAUGUGAGAGCGAUUGAGGUCCCCGAAGCUGGUGGACAGCGGUUCUUCGUAACCGCCGGUCUUUACGCCAACAAGGAUAUUGUGGACAUUGUUCGAGACGCCUAUCCUGAGCUGGAGGACAGGCUGCCACCAAAGACUGACGCAAGAGACGUGCCCGACGACGUCUACAGCUAUGACAACUCCAAAUCAACGCAGGUCCUGGGUAUAAAGUAUCACUCGCUGAAGGAAUCGGUGGUUGACACUGUCAAAACGCUGUUGGAAAAUGGCGCCUGA